AUGCCAGAGCGCAUAUAUCCCAUCCCCAAACCCAGAUGUCUCCCCGAAGCAAUCUACGCUACUGCCUCGCAAGCAUCAUCGACGCUGCAGGAGCAGAUGCGCUUCGAAGGAGACGUCGAUACCUUUUCUACGCUCAUAAGCAUCAUACGGCAAACAACGGCACGCCAUACCGACCUCGCCCUCUCGUACAGGCAGCAGGACCCGGAGGUUUUGGAAAAGAUUAAACACGAGAUACUCACGCAGUGUCCUACGCUGGAGGUUAUGUACCCCAACGGGUGGCCCAUCACCUCAUAUCUGCAGGUAGCUUUGAAGAAACACAAACCCAUUCACUCGGAUCGCAACAGCUCGAACAGUCUUCGCGUUAAACGAUCGUCUCGAAGGAUGUACUCACACCCCAGCGAACGAAAACGCGCUGUUCCAGAAAACGAGCUCUACUCGGAUUAUGGGCUGGCAGCACCUACGAAGGCGAUGCAGUCGGGCAAUCCCGCGCAAAUGAGCUCCAUCGGGGCGGACUCGCGCCCGAGGCGUCUCUUGCGUCGCUCCGCCAGGCUGAAGAAGCUCAAGGGAAACGAAGUAAUCGAAAUCGUCGACACAUCGGAGCACGAGGAGUCCGAAAACGGCAACGAAGACGACGAAUCAAGCUCGGGGAGUGAGAAGCAAGGAAAAUUUGAGUACGAGGCGGACGAGGCCGGCUCGGAAUCGGACGUGAAGGCGGAUGAGAUCGUGUAUUACGGUCGCGUCGGCUCGUUCACCCCUGACAGUCCAUCUAACAGCCGAGCCUCGCCGCAAGUACGUGCACGCAAAUUUGAAGGCGCUCCCCGUACUCCUGUCGCGUCGGACGCGUCUCCUCCCCCCACCUCUUCCCUGAGGCGGGUAUCAUCUCUGCUUUCAGAACCCCCCGACACGCGCGCGACGCAGUCUCCAAGAGCGACAAGCAACGAUCCCAUCGAGACCAGACAGCGGUCCUUUGUCGCUCCCGCCGAGUCUCUUCCUCCCAUUGUGGUCCACACAGACCCAGGACCAUCAAAUGCCGUUCAGAACGCGGCAGUGCAAGACCUACUCCGUGCACGCGGGCUCCCUCAUGCUGAUGUCGAGCGUAUCGCCCUCCUCUUUGCGUCCCUGGGGAUCGCCGACGAUACGUACCUCCGGAUAUUUGCGUGUCUGCCUUCUCGCUAUCGUGAGAUGUGGCUGUCAGAGUUGCGCGAGAAAGGUCUGUUGAGCGAGAUUCAGACGUGGGUUAUCUUAGAUAUGUUGGACGUCCUCACGGCGGGUUGA